AUGUUAUAUGUCAAGGCAGAGACUUUGCAUGGGGCUUGGAAAGUAGUGCUCAGGGAGCCUACAAUUUAUGAUAUGGCUGGUUGGCCCAGAAGCUGGGUGGGCAGCAACUCUACAUCGAAGGACAGCAGUGGGUCGGAGCAGCAAUUGUCUUCCAAGUAUUUCCAGUGUCCUGACUGUGACAAGACAUUUGCUACUAAAUGGGAAUAUGAACGUCACCGUCGAACUCACACUGGAGAGAAGCCUUUUGAAUGUCCGGUCUGCCCAUAUCGUGCAACUCAAAAAACCAGCCUUCAGAAGCAUCUACGAACACACAGUGGAGAAAAACCCUAUGCUUGUCACUUAUGUUCUUAUAAAGCUUCUCAGAAAGUUCAUCUACAGAAUCAUAUUCGUACACAUUCCAAUAACAUGACAUUCAACUGCCCACUUUGUCCCUUCCGAAGUAGUCGUUCACACAUUCUAAAAGAACAUAUGCAGAUUCACACUGAGAAUAAAUAAUUCAUCAUUAUCUUAAGACGAACGAGGUGGGUUUGUAUAUUUUUCAACAUUUACCAGUCUAAUAAAGCAUUCUAACAAAUACUGUAUAGGCAUAUACAGUACAGUACAGUAUAAGUAUAAAAAUAUAUAAGUGUUAGGGUAAAUUCAAGUGAUUAAAAACUACCCCUAAGUGACAUGGGAAUCUCUUUGUCUUUGUAGGUCUUGCCCGUUGGUGAUCAAGGUGGUGAGACUCAACGACGAGCUAUAAGGGAGGCUAAGGAGAAGAUCUACUCUUGUUCUUAUUGCCCCUACCGUGCCUCUCAAAAAGGAAAUCUACAAAGACAUACCCGUAUCCAUACUGGAGA